CUCGGUAGCUGCAGUCAUGGUGCGGGCGGUGUGUGUGCUGGCGGGAAGCGGCGACGUGAAGGGGGUGGUGCACUUCCAGCAACAGGACGAAGGCCCAGUGACAGUUGAAGGGAAGAUUUACGGCCUGACUGACGGAAAGCACGGCUUCCAUAUCCAUGAGUUUGGCGACAACACCAACGGCUGUAUCAGCGCGGGCCCUCAUUUCAACCCAGAGAGCAAGACUCACGGGGCCCCAGAAGAUGCAGUCAGGCACGUCGGGGAUCUUGGCAAUGUGACGGCCAAAGAUGGCGUGGCGGAGUUCAAAUUGACAGAUUCCCUCAUUUCCCUGAAAGGCAAUCACUCGAUCAUUGGCCGCUGUGCUGUGGUCCACGAGAAGGAAGAUGACUUGGGCAAAGGAGGCAACGAUGAGAGUCUGAAAACUGGCAAUGCCGGUGGGCGCCUGGCUUGUGGCGUGAUUGGCUUAUGCCAGUGAGCGUCUCCGGCACCUAAUGCCCCAAAGCACUUAGUUUCUGUUGGUUGGUCUCCUUGUUUGUGUCUCACCCCCCCGCGUUCUCUCUGCACUCAGUAACCGCUCUUGUUCUCGUUGUGUUCGACAGAAUAAAGG